AGUAAGUACCAAGAUGUUAUUGUACCUGAGUAUCGUGGUAGUGCUGGGAUCCUUUGUGAGUGCUCAAGAAGAUCACAGGCAAUGUUACAGGGAUGUUGACUGUGAAUACUAUGAACGCUGUCGACGGGGAUAUUGUACAUCAGAUUCAGGAUCACAAAGUUGUCAGUAUGUAACUUGUCCAAUCGGUUAUGUGUGUAGAAGGGGACGCUGUGUUAGAGAUUCCGGUUCAGGAUACUGUAAUCCACCGUAUAUACCAUGUCCAAAGGGACAAGUCUGUAGGAAUGGAUACUGUACUCGUGAUUCCGGUUCAGGAUACUGUAAUCCACCGUAUAUACCAUGUCCAAAGGGACAAGUCUGUAGGAAUGGAUACUGUACUCGUGGUUCCGGAUCAAGAUACUGUGAUCAAGUGUAUCGACCAUGUCCACCUGGACAAGUCUGUAGGAAUGGAUACUGUAUAGAGGAUUACAACAGGAGAUGCAACAGGUAUAUCCCAUGUCCACAGGGACAAGUUUGUAGGAAUGGAUACUGUAGAAGAAGGGACGACUACAGGCGAUGCAGGAAUCUUAGAGAUUGUCCUCGUGGAGAAAUAUGUGUGAAUGGGAGAUGUGAAGGAUUUUAGAUGUGACAGGAGCAGAGACUCAAUGGCAUAAAAAGAAUAAAGGAUAAAAUCAACAAAAUCCUUGUGUUAUAAAAUUAAACCAUGUUUGAGGCAGCCUAAGCCUGUUUGGAA